CUUAUAUUGUAGGUGUUACCUGCUUCUCCCCAAUAACUACUGUUUCUGGAAAUGUGCAGGUUAAUUGAUGAUUAAUUUAAAAAAAAACUCUAAUUGUGCCUUCAAGCCACAAAAUGUGGAAAGGUUCAACAGGGUAAAAAUACAUAUGCAUGACAUUCUAUAUUAGCUAUAAAGUAAUGUCUAGUAUGAGACCCUCGGGACUGAAGUUUUACCAAAAACACAUUUACAUCUCUUAGGUGAGCUCAUUUAAAGCAAAAGGAAUGCAACUGUAGUUAACACCAUGCUUUAGCCAGCCCUCUCAAAAUAUGCCUAAAAUUGCCUAUACCAAAGUAAAAUGUAGCAUUCCACACUUUGGCUUUAUUUUCAUUCUUCUUACUCUAAGAGCUUGGAUAUUCAAUUUUGAAUUCACUAUCUAAAUUCCUCUGGAAGGCAUUACAGAAAGCCAAUAGAAAUACUGCAAACAUGCACUGUUUCUGAAUCAAAGCUCAGUAAGGGUAAAUAAUUUGACCUCGCUGGAUUUUGCCAUUGAAUUUUCUUUCCCAGGACAGCUUUAACAACAGGCAUUGUUACCCUUAUUUUUUCAUUGGCGCUUCCUUUUGUCUGUUUUAUAUCCUCCAGUGUCUGAGUUGGGGGAUGGGUCAAAGUUAAUAAUUUAAGUGCUUAGUGUAGUGGUUGGAGAGAGUCUUCUCAUACACAGCUCCCACUGGAAUUACAAUGACAGAUUCAUGUGAAGAGGACAUACGUAUUCUGUCUAGCUUUCAUCUCUCUCUCUCUCUCUCCUCUUCCACUGCCCAUUUUUACCCUCAGCUGCUCCGCUGGAACUCUUGUUUCACCCCAGGUCAUCUCCAACAGGGGUAGUCUCAUUGGUUGAAGUUGGUGGUCCACACUGUGUAACCCCACCAUAUUGUUGUUCCAAAGGUUGUAUCAGAGCUUCAAGCUCAAGGUUGAGGAGGUCUUUCCCAUUGUCUCUCAAAAGCUCUCUCAUGUCAUCACUCUCCCAUAGUCUUGCCAUUCUAUGAUAAAGACUUAUUGUCCCCCAGAGGUGUGUCAUCUUUUGUUUUCAAAGGGUCACACCCAAAUGUUUGUGCUAUUAGAAUAAAGAAUAAAGACGAUAGAGAACAGUGAGUUCGCACCUAUUGAAGGAACUCCUCUAUGUUAUAACUCAAGUAAAAUAAUGACAGCUUCUGAAAGCUGAGAUUUACAAGGUCUGCAAAAAAGCAUGUAAGGUUAAUUGUCACCAGAUUUCUGGUUCUUUUGGAUCUUUGUGUUUGGCUUAACUAAGCUGCUUUUCAUUAGAUUAAAAUGGCAAUUAACUAUGAGCCCCAUCUGCCUGGGUUGUGUGAAAGAUGUGCUGUAGAUAAUUGGUGGAGUGCAGGUGCAAUGAGAUGAGAGUGUGUAUGAGAACAAAAAGCGUUUGUGUGUGUGCAGCACCUGUGCUCCUUCUCUCCAGGGUUAUAUCACACCUGCUUAUACACCUGUGCACUCCCAGCUCUGUGUGUUUCCCUGUUUCUCUCUCCACCUCUUUCUCCUCUCUCCAUCUCUCACCAUACCCACAGGGCUAAGGGCUUAUGUGAGAUCUGACACCUUGCUAGAGUACUGAUAAUAGUCCCUCCUCCCAAAUGACCCCAAAGAUCUAUUUACAUCUGCUUUUCUUAAAAAGCGCUUUAUUUACUAAAUUAUUAGGUACCUGCAUGUAUAAAAACCUUUUUUGCUAAGUUUCUGUGAGAAUGCUGAGUGGAAAUUUAACACUAGACAAGAUGUACUUAAGCCGUUAAAAAACCUCUAAUUUCUGUUUAACAUUGCAAUUGUUGUUUGGCAGUUUGGAGACAGGAAGUGAGUUGAAAAGUAAUCAGAGAUGUUUUGCAGUAAUUAGCCCUCUUUGUAGUUUUGGUGGAGGUAGUCUGCAGGAUUUGAAUAGAGAUGGGGGUUGUGUGUGGUGCUUGAAGAGUGGGGGUCCCUCCUAUUGUAGCCUGUCCUGUUCAGGCUUGCACUUGCUGUAUGAGGGAGGGAGAGAGAAUGAGAAAGCGGGCGAGAUAGGCACGGGAGGCAGCUGUCACUUAACAUGUGAAUGUUAGGGGGCAGCCUGGGGUCUUUAUAGAACACUUUUUUCCUCCUUUUUUCUCCACAAGCAGCAUGGAGUUUGGGAGGCAAAAGAGGAUCUGGGGGAGGGGCUAGCCAAUGGAGGGAAAGAAGGAGCCACGGAGAUGAGAGAGUGCUCCGCUGUCCAACUGUCUGGCACAAGAGAAACAAGAGCCCGAGAGUUCACACAACACACUGCUGGCUUAUGGACCAAGCUCUACCCAGGUCUGUGAAUGGGAACCAUGCUUUAUUUCUGACCUGGAGACAAGUGGACUACAGCAGAAAUACUGGGUUCCAGUGGGGGCACAUCCCAUCAGUUGCCUCAACGAGGAAGGAAUUUCUCUAUCGAAGAGGGUGCAACAAAGAGGACAGAGAGUGUCGAUGGGAGGGGGAGGCUGAAGCCAGGGAAGGACAUUGUUCGCCUGUGACUGUGGGCAACGGAAAAGCAUGACCUAGUGUGUGUGUGUUUGUGUUUAAAAGUGUGUUUAAAAGAGUGAGGGAGUGUACACAAGUGCACAAUAUGUGUAUGCCUAUGUAUGAGUCUGCCAGUGAAAAAGCAGAUCUUUCAAAGGAUGCUGAAGAUUUUUGUUCUCUGGUUUGAAUGCAGAAGAACCAAUGGAAUUGUUUUGUUAGCUGUUUGUCCUCUGUGGCCAGGGGUAAGUAUGAAUCAGUGUCCUUAACGGUCAGAAACCGCCAAAUCUCUAAGACUGGGGUGGGCUCUUUCAAACUUCCCCACUACACUGCCUCAGCAGGGAAAGGUGCACCAGUAUCUGUGAUGCUAUGUGGACUGCUCUUGUUUGACUGAAAGGGAUUUUGAUAUGAAUUCAUUAUGAGCAGGAGCAGCUUGGAGGAAUUUAGUUCUCAUUAGUUUUCUCUUUGUAAAGCAAGACUUUGUGCUUGCCCCAGUGCUGUUUUUGUAGCUGAAACGACUCCUGCAUGCAUGGCCCAGGGGCCUUCUUGCCUCACAACUUACUCGCCUGUAGGCUGAAGGAUCAUGGGUAACCUCAUAAGUAGACCUAGCUGCCUGGGUCAGAAGUCCAAGCAAGUGAGGACAAAUGAGGCCUUCCUCAAAGAAUGCUACCAGCGACAGAGGGAAUGGCCUGUCCCAGAGCCACCUAAGGAGGAGAGGAAAAUAGAGGAUGUGGACCAAAUCUCUCCACAAGUUCCCACACCAGAAAAAAACAGGAGCUCACCUGCUCCUACUGUCACAACCACCAGCACUUUGGAUAAUGCCUGGAGAAACACACCUUCCCCAGCCAAAACACUGUAUAAUGGGUCUUUGCCCAGGAGGACCAAUGUUCCUGAGUACAGGAGAUCACCUCUGGGACAAUGUGGAACAGCGGAGACAAGAGGCACCCUGCAGAGACGAGAAUCUGGAAGCCCAUGGUCAUGGAAAACUCUGAGCACUCGAGAAGUGACUGAAGUCACCGAAGUGACAGAGACUAUCGUGACAGAAAUUGUGGAGGUGACAGAAUAUCCACCAGGACAGAAAGGCGGAGAUCCUAUUAUUACCAGGACGGUUAGGGUCCUCACAGGAGCGGCUGAAGAAUUAGCAGAGAUGCAAAGUGAUGGAAAGUCCAAUUUGGAGAAGGAAUUAAGUCUGGAUAGAUGGAAGAGUACCAGGAGUACUUUGGCUCUGACAGAUGGAUUUGGGGAUCCCGAAAUGUUUAAGCAAAAUCUGCAGACAUUAUUAACGUGGGUUUGUGAGAUUGAAGAGCUCGUGGCAAAUCAAAAACCUCCCUCAUCUGAAUUUAAAGUAGUGAAAGCUCAGCUUCAAGAACAGAAGCUUCUGCAGCGUCUUCUAGAGGACAGACGGUCUAGCAUGGAAACUAUGAUGCAGGAGGGCCCACAUUUAGCAGAGGGGCUUCAGGAGGAAGACAGGGAUAAAGCCAAACUCCAACUUCCCCAACUCAAACUGAAGUGGGAAGCUCUUCUUUUAGGCGCUAAUAGCAGGAGACAGAGAUUGGAGCUAAUUUUGCCCCAGGCUCAGCUCUUUCAGGAGAGAAUAGACAGUCUUCAUCAGUGGCUAAUAUCCAUGGAGCAGGACUUAGCUGAGCUCCGUUCUGCAGAGAGAGCAAUGCUCCAUUUACAGGAAGCCACCGAUCAAGCCAAGGCUGUUAUGGAGGAAAUACAAGCAAAGAGUGCUGACUUAGGAAAGCUUCAAAAGUGCUGUCAUGAUUUCAUGGAGAUAGUCUCAGAGGAAGAGUCUCAGCUGGUACAAGAGAAGGCAGAUAGUUUGCGGAUCCGGUACUCAGUGCUCAGUUUAGGCAGUGCUGAUGUGCUGCAGAGGCUGGAGCAGGCACUGGAGGCUUCUAGUCGAUGCACCUCCAGUCAGGAAGACCUCCACCUGUGGCUGGGCCGCAUCGAGAGGGAAAUUCUGGGAACAACUCAGACUGGUGAUGCAGUGCUGUGUGCUGCUGAGAGACAAAGGUUGGAACAAGCAGUUGAAAAAGAAUUGGCCUGGUUUCGAGCUACAACCCAAGGACUGGAGAACCUCAAAGUCAUCAACCUGGACCCUGAUGUCAUUGCUACCCAUCUCUAUGAGCAGAAAAUACUCACAGUGGAGAUUCUUCAGCACAGAUUAAACAUAGAGAAAAUGGUGAAGGUUUCUGAGCUCUUAAAGGCAUAUAGUGAGAGUGAGGAUAUGGGAAACCUCCAGACAAGUCUGGAUACUCUGGAGGAGCAUUGUCAGAUAACCACUGGCACCAAUUCCCAUGUGGUGCUGCAGCUGGAGCAUGCUCAGUCUCUCUUGUCCCAGUUCUCAGAGGGCUAUGCCGAGGUGGUGCCAUGGUUACAGGAAACCAAAACCCUUACUGACCAGCUUGCUUUGAGCACCAUCAGUUACGAGGCAUUCAGAGAACAACAGGUGCUCUUACAGAGCCUAAGGGAGUCUAUAGCUGAGCACAAGCCUUUAAUAUUCCGAUUAGGAAUGUUGGCCAAGCGUCUGUCAGACCUGAGUCCUGACCAGGCACAGCAAUACUGUCAGAAAGCGGCAGAGGCUGAGGAGCACUACCAGACUAUCAGAGACAGAGUCCGAGAGGCUGCUGGAGUCCUUGAGGAGUCUCUGCCACGGUAUACACAGCUGAAUGAGAGGAUGAUUUUGAUAGGGGAAAGCCUGGAGCGUCUCUACAACCACAUGCAGACCACAGUGAUUCUGCAGGGCCUCACUCCACGCAUUCAGGAGCAGCUGAAGGACAACAAGAACACUCUGGCUGAGCUCUCCAAGCUGGAGCUGAGCCUGAACAGUGUGAGGACUCAAGCUGAGGAGCUGCUGGCAAACACACAAGCAGCAGGAGACAGCUCCAUAGACACAGCCAUCCAGGAGCGAGUGAGCAGCCUGACCAGCCAGUGGGAGGAGACUCAGAGGCAGUGUCAGGAGAGGGAGAAGUGGCUCCUCCACCUGCUUGAUUUGGCUACAAGGUUCUGGAAUGAUGUAAACAGCAUGACAGUUGGGCUGAAUGAUGCCCAACAAACUCUGCUAGACCUCAACUCAAGCAGAACAGACUCCGAAACCAUCCAGCAGAGCCUGGUCACAAUGCAGACGCUGAGAGAGGACAUCGAUGGACUACAAGGAGAACUGGACACACUUGGGGUUUUGGGAAUGGAGCUAAUGUCUGCAUGUGGAGACACGGACAAGCCAGAAGUCACAAAAAGCUUAGACGAGCUCUACUGCACAUGGAACAAUCUAAAUAAGAUCUGGACUGAGUGCCACCAUAAGUUAGAAGAAUCUCUACAGUUGGCGCUGAAUUAUCAGGACACCCUGCAGGGGCUAUUCGAGUGGCUCAAGUCAGCAGAGCUGAAAUCCACUGAAGAGUUCUUAGUAGGAUCUGAUCUUGGAUCUGUCAAAGAGCAGCUGUGUGGUCUGAAGGAGUUCAAGCGGGAAUUAUACCAGAAAAAGAUUGAGAUUGAGAGUUUGAACCAUCGUUUUGUGGGUCGUCUCUCUCCUGGCUCUGUGCGGCCCGGGUCUGCCUCACCACUGAGUGAUUUUCGUCAGCGCUGGGACAGCCUGGAGUCAGAGACCGUCAGCCGACAACACCAGCUGGAGUGUGCACUGCUAGGAUUGGGCCAGUUCCAGAACAAUUUUGAUGAGUUGCAUGCCUGGAUCUCCCACACUGCCGAACUGCUGCAGGCAUCUCGGCCCAUCAGCAUUGACCUACAGGCCUGUGAGAUAGAGCUGGCCAAGCACAAGGUGCUGCGCAAUGAUGUGAUGUCACAUGUCCACACUGUGGAGUCUCUGAACCAGGCAGGCAGGGUCCUGCUGGAGGGCACAGGAGGAGAGAGCCCUCAGGGUCUGCAGCAUCGCCUGGAGCAACUGAACGAGUGCUGGGAGUUUGUGCGUUCUGAGACAGAGCGCAGGCAACUGGAGCUGGAGAAUUACCUCAGUCAAGUUCAAGAUGUAACAAUGGAAAUCCAGGAUCUUCUGCAGUGGAUGGAGUACACAGACUUGAAGCUGUCCUCCACUAAAACUGUAUGGGGAAUGCCAGACUCUGCCAGUGAGAGACUCAGUGCUCAUCUGGAGCUAUGCAAUGAGAUGGAUUCUAAACUGCAUGCCUACACAAAUAUCCGUAACGCUGUCCACAGGAUGCUGGAGGGAAGCAACGUGGCCCAUGGCUCCAGCACUGAGCACAGCUUAAGCAUCCUGGAGCAGAAGUGGAACACUGUUUAUACAAAAAUGCAAGACCGCAAGGCUAAGUUAACAGAAGGACUUGGUCUAGCAAAGGAGUUUAACAGCAAUGUCCAAGAUCUGCUGACCAAAAUGGCAAAGUGUGAAGAGGUCAUUAGUGCCAUGCCUACUCCCAGCUUCAUCCUCGACACCAUCAGCACCCAGCUUCAGGAACACAAGAUGCUGGUGAGUGAGGUCCAGUCAUAUGGGGAGAAGAAGACUUGUGUGGAGAAUGCAGCCUCACAGCUAUUGGAGCUUAGCAGGAAAGAGGACUGUGAUGUGGUUCAGAAUCUACUGAUAACGGUGCAAGACCGCUACAGGAAGCUCCACCAGCACACCACAGAGAGGGGAAAGACUCUGGAGGAUGUUAAGAAACAAGUUAAACAGUUCAGUGAGUCCUGGCAGCUGAUGAUGGACUGGAUGACUGAAGUGGAACAGACUCUGGAUACACACAAGGAGAUCGCUGUGUCGCAUGAGGAGAUAAAACAGCAGCUCACUGAGCAGAAGGAAUUCCAUAAACUCUUUCGCUCCAAGAGGCCAAUGUAUGAGGCCUGCCUGAAGAGUGGUCGCUCCCUCCUAGAAAAGACUCAGAAUCCUUUAGACAGCCAGCACCUUGAGAACAUGGUGUCUGAGCUCAGAGACUCAUGGGAUACCAUCAGUGGAAAGUCUAUGGAGAGGCAACAUAAACUGGAGGAGGCACUGCUGUUUUCCGGAAGGUUCAGCGAUGCUCUCCAGGCACUAAAUGACUGGCUGUACAGGGCAGAGCCACAGGUUGCUGAAGAUGUGCCUGUUGGUGGCGAGAAGGACUUGGUUAAUAAUUUAAUUGACAAGCACAAGGUGUUCCAGAAAGAGCUGGGGAAGCGUGCUGGCUGUAUUCGCACCCUGAAGCGUUCUGUGAGAGAUCUGACUCGUGGAAGCACUGCUGAUGCCCACUGGCUGCAGGGGCAGAUGGAGGAGCUAGAGGUCCGCUGGGAGGCUGUGUGUAAACUCUCGGUGUCCAGACAGACCAGACUGGAGGCAGCACUACGACAGGCAGAGGAGUUUGACAGAAUGGUUCACUCAUUCCUUGAUCAACUUGCUGACAUUGAGAGGGUUUUGAAAUAUGGAGUACUACCUGAAGAAGAAGAGGCUCUCCUAACAUUUCUCGCACAGCAUAAGGAGUCAAUGAGUUCUUUAAGUGAUCAUCAGGUGGAGCUGGAAUGCAUACAAACCUUGGGUGAAGGAAUACUGUCCUCCUGCCAUCCUGACUCUGUUAUUACUAUCAAAUCUUGGAUCAGUGUCACCAGAACCCGCUAUGACGAGGUCCAGACAUGGGCACAGCAGCAAACUGAGCGAAUCCAAGCUGCGCUUUCUGCUCUGGAGGCUGAGAGAAAGGAGGUGCAGCGCCUCUUGAACUGGAUCUCCUCUGCUGAAGAAUCACUGAACCUCAGAGACCAGGAACCCUUGCCUGAUGACAUAGAGCAGACAGCAGAGCUCAUCACCCAGCACACGGUUUUUAUGGAUGAGUUAAAGAGUAAAGUGAUCGACGUAGAAAACGCCACAAAAUCCUGCAAACACAAGCUGACUCCUAAGCAGCAGGUGUCUCCGAGCCACAAGACGCCGACCAAAAGGAGAGGCCCAGCAAAGUCCCAGACCUCAGUUUCAUUGCCCCUGGAGAGGCUGGAACCUCACACACCCCAGUUGUGUCAACUGGUUAGCCAGUGGCAGAAACUCUGGGUCGAGGCCCACAGCAGGCAGAACAGACUUGAAGAGCACCAGCAGAGACUCAAAGAGUUGGAAGAGUUUGCUAACUUUGACUUCAACAUCUGGCGCAAGAGGUACAUGCAGUGGAUAAGUCACCAAAAGUCUCGAAUUUUAGAUGUUUUUCGCAGCAUCGAUCGAGAUCAGGAUGGUCGAAUCACCCAAAAGGAGUUCAUCGACAAUGUUCUGGCCUCCAGAUUCCCAACCAAUUCCUUGGAAAUGACUGCUGUUGCAAACAUCUUUGAUGUGAAUGGUGAUGGAUUCAUUGACUACUAUGAGUUUGUGAGUGCACUCCACCCAAGCCGGGAUCCGUACAGAAGAACAAUAGAUGUAGACCAAAUCAACGAGGAGGUGAGCAGACAGGUGUCCCAGUGCAGCUGCCCAAAGAGGUUUCAGGUCGAGCAGGUUAGCGCUAACCGGUACAGGUUUGGAGACUCUCAGCAGUUAAGAAUGGUGCGUAUUUUACGAAGCACACUCAUGGUGCGUGUUGGUGGUGGAUGGACAGCCCUGGAUGAAUUUCUUGUUAAGAAUGACCCUUGCAGAGUGAAAGGUCGGACAAACCUGAAGAUAAAGGAGAAGUACCUGUCACCUCAUUCUUUUGAAGUAUCCGGUUGCAGAGGAAGCAAGGGGAUGACAGUGAGCAGGUCAAACUCCAGCCUGAGCUUAUACAGCAGCGCAUCAGCUCCUAGUAGUCCUUUAUCUCGAAAGGCAUUGUUACGCAGAAGUUUCUCUGGGGAACGGUGCAUUCGGCCAAGGAGCUCUAUAGCUGCAUUAGGAACGGAUCAGUUCUCUCCAGCAAGAGGUGAUGAUUCUCCCUCACCUUCAGAUGAAGCUGAAAGAGCCCCCACAUGAUUCUACCCUCAGCUCCCAGCAUGUAAAAGCAACAGGACUCAGGAUCCUAAGUUCAGAGGCCCAGAAAGUAGUACAGGCCAAAAUGGAAGAACUUAGUUCACUGGUUCCACAACACACAUUGGACUCCUCCACACAACCCUUCACACACUCACCCUGGCUGAUGGACUUUUUUUUUUAUUCAAGAGCUGGUGGAUCAUGUUCCAAUUGGUACAAAGGUGUGGUAGGAAUUCUAUCUACAGUCAGGAGUUAUGCAACCUUAUUCCUUCUCACAACACAGCAUUCUGCCAGCUACUCAAAUUUGUAUUUAUAUAUUUUGCUUGUGGUUUUUUUUGCAAAGCAAACACAGUAUAUCAAUCUCUCUGUUCUGAGAGCUUAAAGUGUUGGAAUGUUCUGCAUGGGUAUUAGCUGCAUGAUGCCUCUGCUCUCCCAAAUCCCAAAUAUUUGGCUUUAUACUAAAUAAUGUGCAUACUGAGGUCCUUUACUAUGAGUGUGUGAGCAACAAAAAUGCAAAUGCCUUUCCUGAGAACACACAUAUACGCACACAUUCACACACAUCAGUGAUCUGUUUCAUAAUUAUUUACAAGACAACCUGCAGAUACUGAUGCAAACCAAAACAGACAGACCUUGUUCAACUGCCUUAAGGCUUGAAUGAAUGUAUUCUGUAUUAUGAUGUAUUGUAUACUCUUAAAAAACCCCAACACUAAGGUACAUGUGUAUUGAACUUUGUAAGUGUGUUUGUAGAAUUUCCUCAGGUUUGAUGAGUAUUUAAAUAUUAAGCAGUAAUUUGAGCCUUGUACAAAGGUACACUGUAAUGCCAGUUAGAAGACUUGACACACUGAACAUCCAAAAAGAAAUGUUUUUCACUGCAAUCAAAUACAUAAUGGAUUUGGUUUUCUCUGUAGCUCAUGUUAAUGUCUUUGUAGAGUAAUUAUAUUUCAAAUGUAUUCAUGCAUAGAUUUCUAAAUAAAUAAUUUUGAACAAUCAAGUGUUUCCCUAAGAGGACAUGAAAGUGUAGGUCUCCAUGAGAUUAGCAAAAAUAUGAAAUGUCCAACACUCUCUGCCAGUCCUGAACUGUAUUUUAUUUAAACCAAAAUCCACAUGUAUUUGAUCUGUUUUUGUAUCGUGCCUGCAGGGCAGAGUCCUGUACAGCUCUUCAUUUUAUACCUUAAAGAAUGUCUUGGUUGUGGCCUUUGGUUCAUAUCACAUAACAUGCAUGUGCCUUUUUUGUUGAUCUUGCAUACACAAUGUGAAUACUUCUGAAGUCUGUGGAACACUCUUUGUGUCAGUUGUCCACUGACUGCAGGAACAAUGGUGCAACAAUGAGUAUCUGCUAAAAAAAAAAAAUCAUGUUUACGGAUAAUAAAACAAUGUUCUGCCGUUGUACCUUCAUUAAUUAUAUGUCUAACUGCUGCUUUCUGAAACACUGGAAAGAGCUUUUAACUGGCUAUGCACCUUUCUGGUGACAUCCAACAAAGAACUGCAUGUACUCACUUCAGAAUAUUUUUGUUUCAUU